CAAGGGGACCAGCAGCCAGGCAGGCAGACGGGUAGCAGGGGCCAGCACUGGCCCCCCUCCCAGCUCGGCAGUGGCAUGAAGAUGGGGGUGGGAGUGUAUAGUGGAGGAAGCACCUACUGGGACCCCCACCUGCCAGCUAGUUGGGCACCCCAAGGCUGUGUGCUGCCCACCUGGUGUUCCCCAACAUCCCCAGCCCUGCCCAGUGCACCCCUCCGGUGCCUGCUUUCCCUGAUGCCUGCGAUUUAGACCAGCCCGGCUGUAUCCACGGCAACAGAAGCGGGAGUGUCACUGGCCGCCAGAUCACUGAGGGUCCCACAAUGUGGCCCGGGCUGUGAUUUAUCCUGGGUGAGACAGCUUGAGCCCCCAUCGUGGAUUCCAAGACAUCCCUCCUGAGAGAGCCCAGGUGCAGUGUAGCAGGACAACUCAUGGAGCCCCCCCGGGCCCAUCGAGUACUAGACUGGCUGAUCCCAUAGGGUUGGCAGUAGGCCUUGGCCCUCAGUAUGGCCAACACCACUGGAGAGCCUGAGGAGGUGAGCGGUGCUCUGUCCCCGCCAUCCGCAUCGGCUUACGUGAAGCUGGUACUGCUAGGACUGAUUAUGUGUGUCAGCCUGGCGGGCAACGCCAUCUUGUCCCUGCUGGUGCUCAAGGAGCGUGCCCUGCACAAGGCUCCUUACUACUUUCUGCUGGACCUGUGCCUGGCCGAUGGCAUACGCUCUGCCGUCUGCUUCCCUUUUGUGCUGGCUUCUGUGCGCCACGGCUCUUCGUGGACCUUCAGUGCACUCAGCUGCAAGAUUGUGGCCUUUAUGGCUGUGCUCUUUUGCUUCCAUGCGGCCUUCAUGCUGUUCUGCAUCAGCGUCACCCGCUACAUGGCCAUCGCCCACCACCGCUUCUACGCCAAGCGCAUGACACUCUGGACAUGCGCAGCUGUCAUCUGCAUGGCCUGGACCCUGUCUGUGGCCAUGGCCUUCCCACCUGUCUUCGACGUGGGCACCUACAAGUUUAUUCGGGAGGAGGACCAGUGCAUCUUUGAGCAUCGCUACUUCAAGGCCAAUGACACGCUGGGCUUCAUGCUUAUGUUGGCUGUGCUCAUGGCAGCUACACAUGCUGUCUAUGGCAAGCUGCUCCUCUUCGAGUAUCGUCACCGCAAGAUGAAGCCAGUGCAGAUGGUGCCAGCCAUUAGCCAGAACUGGACAUUCCAUGGUCCCGGGGCCACCGGCCAGGCUGCUGCCAACUGGAUCGCUGGCUUUGGCCGUGGGCCCAUGCCACCAACCCUGCUGGGUAUCCGGCAGAAUGGGCAUGCAGCCAGCCGGCGGCUGCUGGGCAUGGACGAGGUCAAGGGUGAAAAGCAGCUGGGCCGCAUGUUCUACGCGAUCACACUGCUCUUUCUGCUCCUCUGGUCACCUUACAUCGUGGCCUGCUACUGGCGAGUGUUUGUGAAAGCCUGUGCCGUGCCCCACCGCUACCUGGCCACUGCUGUUUGGAUGAGCUUCGCCCAAGCUGCCGUCAACCCGAUUGUCUGCUUCCUGCUCAACAAGGACCUCAAGAAGUGCCUGAGGACUCAUGCCCCCUGCUGGAGCACAGGAGGUGCCCCAGCUCCCAGAGAACCCUACUGUGUCAUGUGAAGCAGGCUGGUAGGCAGACAGGCAGAGAGAAGGUCAUGGCCACCAUGAUGGGGCCCAACAGCAAGGAGGGGUAGGGGCCCACAUGGGAGCCCUCCUUUCUGAGCUCCAGCCCCAGCCCCUGACACCACCUGUAGAAUCUGGGCACCUUUGCCAACACCUCCCAAGGAUGGAGGACUGGGUGAGGGACUGGGAAAGAGGCAUAUUUAGUUUUGUGGGGCCUGUCUCCACUGACUCCUUCUCCACUUCUACAAUCUCAUUCUCUCUCUCUCUCUCUCUCUCAGAAGUGACAAUUCAGAAAAAGAAAGGAAAACUGAGAAUGCAGGUUUUUCUACUAGCAGUUGAGGAGACAGGCUUUCUUACUUUAAUGUCUCUCCUUCUGACACUGUCCAGAAGGGGGAAAUUUGUCCUGUAAAAUAGACUUCCAGAGCUCUUAUUGCCCCCUCUGCUCCCAUGCACCCUCCCUUCCAAGUCCUUUAGCAAGGCCUAGAUGUUUAGGGAGAAAGUGGUCCAAGGCUGCUGACAAGAUGGACCAAAGCGGGUGCUGGCUUCCCAGGGAGCAGGGAUGUUUAAUUGCUAUGUCGUGUGCAAUGUUGUUUUAGGCCAACCCUGGCCACCGGCCCAGUUUUCUCCCCCUCCCCACCAUGUCCAGACGUCCCAAAUGGUUCUUGUGCAUCUGUUGGAGAAGCCAGGGGAGUAGGGAGAAGGGACCCAAGGAUGGCCCCAGGUUAGGUGAAGAGUAGGAUGUGAGCUGAACUCUUUGAGCUGAAGAGAAUGGUCACACUUGGUCACAUUCUCUCAUGCUGGUCACAUUCUCUCACGCUGCCUUCAGGAUCCCCAGCCCCCAACUCUUCUUCCUGAGGAUGGAAAUCCACUCCAGCCCCACUAGGACUGACGUGGGUGCCACACAGGCAGGAGCAGCCCCCCCAGGGAAGUGUAGGGAAGGAGCUGAAUUCCCCAGAGUAGCUGGACCACAGAGACGGCUCAGAGCCGAAUUCAACCCCAGAAUUGUCUCUUGGGCUUACCCUACUCUUCUGAAGAUGAAAAUUUGUUUGGGGCCUUGGUGACCAAUAGUGAUACGAACUCCAAGGCACUGUGGACUUGAGUCCAUUCCUAUCUGACCUCUUUUUAUCCCCCUCAAGCCUCAGGGGCCUCAAGCCCCUCCUUAGUAACCCUUGGCCUACUGGGCCCUGAGCCCCAAACAUACUUCUUCCCAACAACCCUCCUUCCCCUUCCUUCCGCCACCCUUACCUACACCCAAAGUGGAGCAGACUGCAGCCAGAUUCUCCGGGCGGGAGAUCCAAGCCUCCCUCCCUGGGGUGGAGUCCAUUUUGGGCUUACUUCGAGGCCUGUUCUGUGGAUUGGUGAGCCAAGCUGGCACUCUUUGACCUGGUCUUACCCAGGCUCUCUGCCCCCCUCUCACUUUCCGUGGGGCCGGAAUCUGUAUUUAUCCACCCCUCUUUCCCUUCUUUAUAGAAGUCCCUGUCCUAAACUCCCUCCCUACCCCAAGAGAGUCCCAGAACUGGGGAAGCCUGGUCCAUACAGAAUGUGGAGGGCACUCUAGGCAGGAGAGACAUUAAUGAGCCUGGCAGCAGAGUGACCCUGGAAAGGCAGGCCAGAGUGGCUGAGAGGCCAGGAGUGGGGGAGCCUGUUCUCUCAGCGAUAGUGAUGGGGGUGCCUUUCCAAGGGGGUGGGGUGGGAAGACCAAGGGGGUGGGGGGUAAAUAGGGUACAUUCAGGAGGGUUUUCCUCCAUUUCUUUUUUCUAACUGCCUGGAUUCACCAUUGGAUUUUGUAAAUGGAAAAACUGAAAUGAACAAUGCUAUAUUGGAUGUUUUCUCUUUCUGUGUGUGUGUGUGUGUGUGUGUGUGUGUGUGUGUGUGUGUUUUCUGUCUGUGUGCAUGCGUCCUGUGUGACCACAGGUGGAGAGACAUGAUUGAGUGACACUGUAUGUUUGUGUGACUUUGUGUGGGGAGGCACUCCUGAGGAAAACUUGCCUGGUACACACAUGUAGGCAAAUGCCUGUAUGUGGGGACAUAUACAGCAUGUGCAUGCACACACACAAACAAAACACAUCACACACAGUUGAGGAGACAAACUAGAGUAUGUGCCCGUGGUAGGAAGUAGAGUGGUCAAGAGAUGGAUCUUAAAAACCAUACAUAGGUAGGUAGUAAGAGGGUCGACUCCCAUCUCACAAGUUGGGCCUCCAUUGGCCCAGGCUCUGAGCACGGGAGGGCUGGGGCCAGGGUACUUGAGAACCUCAUCUCCUCACAAGCCUGUAGCCCCAUCUCAGCUCUGUUUCAGUCUCCUUUCCAAACUCAAACAAGGUGUUCCUAAAAUUGGAUCACCAUGGAGAAUGGGGACUGGAAAUUGGAGAUGAAAUGUGAGGGAAACUGAUGCAGUUAGGAAAUGCCCCCAACCAAGUAAUGGCUUCUGGAGGGACUGCUCCGUCUGGGGUGGGAGCCCUUCCUAGGGGCCACUUAUGCAGCUAGGACUUUGGUCAUCUUUGACCAAAUUUACAGGUACGGAUGUCACGGGGGAAAAAACCAUGCCCGGAAAUCUACCCAGCCAGCCUGCUCCCUAGACACUCAGUUAAUUUACUACCUAUUUAAUCUCUCAGGUGCACAGAAUUGAGUUGACCAUACUCCUCAGUUCUUGGCACACUGUGUCAUCAUUAGUCCAUGUGAGACCCUUUUAUUCUUUGUUUCUUUCAGUUUUGUCCCCUUCAUCACCCAUUCCUGAUCCCAUCCUCCCCGCCCCCUACAUAGGCACCCACUCUCGUGUAUUUAACAUAUGUCCUUCCAAUCCACCGUUCAUGUGUUUAUUUACAUAUAUGUGUAUCUGUGAAAAAUAUAUGGUAUUGCUGUGUGUUUUAAUUUACAUAAACAGUAUUGUACUAUAAA